GGCGGGGAGCCAGGGUGCACUUCCGCCACCAGCGGCAGGUAACCUCGCACGUGGCUGGGCCGGGCGCCCAGCCACCUGCGGGACCAGAAUGAGUCUGAGCUCGGCGCCCCGCUCCCUGCGGCCCAGCCAGGCCUGCCCCGCCCCGGGGCCGCCGGCGGCAUCUCCUGUCGUGGAGCUUAAUGUAGGAGGAGAGUUGUACACCACCACCGUGGGCACCCUGAGAAAACUCCCGGGUUCAAAGCUAGCAGAGAUGUUCUCCAGCUCACCUAAGGCCUGCACGGAUGCAGAGGGCCGGCUCUUCAUCGAUCGCCCGGGCACCUAUUUCGGACCCAUCCUGGACUACCUGCGCAGCGAGCGGCUGCCCACGCACCACAUCCUGGAGGUGUACCGUGAGGCGCAGUUUUACGAAAUCAAGCCUCUGGUCAAGCUUCUGGAGGAUAUGCCACAGAUCUUUGGGGAGCAGGUGGCUCGGAAGCAGUUCCUGCUGCGGGUGCCAGGCUACAGCGAGAACCUGGAGCUCAUGGUGCACCUGGCCCGCGCCGAGGCGGUGGCUGCACGCAGCUCCGCGGUGCUGGUGUGCGCCGUGCGCUCCGAAGAGGAUGCCGCGCUGUGCGCAGACGCCUUGCGCAUCCUGGAGGGCGAAAAGAGGUCUGUGGUCAAAUUCGGGCCCUGGAAGGCGGCCCCGCAGGUCAAGGACCUCCUCGACUGCGUGAAGAUGGACAUUGAGGCCCGGGGGUACCAGGUAUACUAUGAACAGUACUCCGAGAGGACAUUGCGGGCCAAGUAUUUAAAUUACUUUUAUACAUUCAUCUUCAGCUGGUGGUGAUCCCUAGGGGGCGGGGACAGUUUGUUAAGGGUUCUGGGGGGACUUAUGAAAUUAAAAGUCGCCUUCAAAAGCCGCCUAGGUGGCUCAGUGGUUGAGCCGCUGCUAUUGGCUCAGGCUGUGAUCCCUGGGUCCUCAGAUCGAGUCCUGCAUCAGGCUCCCCACAGGGAGCCUGCUUCUCCCUCUGCCUGUGUCUCUGC